AUGUGGCACGGUGACUUUGCACCAAACUGGCCUGGGACGGUUCAGCCGCAGAUGCUUCAUGAAAGCUAUCUAGAAGACGAUGACGAUUCUCAUGUGAAAAGGCCAAUGAAUUCAUUCAUGAUAUGGGCGAAAAUUAUGAGACGCAAGUUUGCUGAGGAGAAUCCAAAACUCCACAAUGCAGAAAUCAGCAAGCUUUUAGGUAAGGCAUGGAAUGAGUUGACGACAAAGGAGAAGCGUCCAUUCGUGGAGAAGGCAGAAAGACUUCGCAUUCGCCACAUGAAGGAACAUCCAAACUACCGUUACACACCCAAGAGGCGUUCACAAGACAGACGGCCAGCUCAGAGAACAAACUCGACGUACAUCAACCCAACCUUUAUCAGCAGCAUUUCAAAUGUUGUGAUGAGUAGCCAGGUCUUUGGACUUCCCUCAUCACCGGAUUGGAGUAGCCCUAAGGACAGACAAAUUUCCUCAUCGCAGUAUAUCGAUCGUGGUGGACAAUACUAUUCUGCAGGAAAUGUGAACAGAAACGUCAAUACCUUUAGAGACGACAAUCACGCUUUCCCACCAACAAGUUUGGAAAAGGAGCGCAACAAACCUAAUUUUAUUGGACCAGCUUUUGCUAAUCAUUCACAGUUCAAAAGUGGACCAUACUUUCCGUCCGACAGGCGCAAUCAUUUUUCUUAUGAAAAUGGACCAGCCGAAGGCCCGGAGCAGGAUUUGUACUCAGACAAUUUAACGAAAGGUGCACUAUUUCGACCGUGUGCUUAUCAAUAUGGACCAGUGAACUCAUAUGAAGCCGAUUAUUACCCUAAAGGACCUCCUUCGUCGGUUGUCAAAGGUGUGCAUCCCCCAGGAAAUGAUGGAUCUAAUUUGACCGACGAACGACAUAUCCACAAGAUGGUCAGCAGAACUAGAAGGAGUUCCUGCAGAUUUGCUCAACCGCAAACUAUAGAAAAUCAAGACGAUGAAGAAGAAUCUGCUGAAGGGAUGAGAGGAAGUUCAGGGAAUAUGUUUGGAAACUUUACAGAACUUUUAUACGAUGAUCUCGAUCGUGAAGAAUUUAACAUGUAUCUAGCCGAGGCAUACUGA